GCUCGCCUCGCCUCCCAGCCGCAGCGAGCGCAGCGCAUCCUUUCCCGCGGCCGGGAGGAGGUACCGGGCCGCUCGGCGGCGGAGGAAGAAGGCGGCGGGGGGCUGCGGGCUCGCCUCGCCUUGCCUCGCCGCGGCCGGCGCCGAGCCAUGCCGGGGGGCGGCGGGCGGGCCGGGGGCGAGCGGCAGCCUCGCCCCGCCGGGGGCCCGGCGGGCACCGAAGCUGCACCGGCCGGGGGAUGAAGAUGAGACGCCAUAAGCUCUUUCUGACUCUCUGCAUGGCUGGUCUCUGCCUCAUCUCCUUCUUGCACUUCCUCAAGGCCCUUUCCUAUGUCACCUUCCCCCGGGAGCUGGCUUCGCUUAGUCCCAACCUUGUCUCCAGCUUCUUCUGGAACAAUGCCCCCGUCACACCUCAGGUCAGCCCUGAGCCAGGGGGUGCAGAGUUCCUCCGCACACCUUUGUACUCCCACUCACCCUUGCUCCAGCCCUUGCCUCCCAGCAGAGCCAGCGAAGAGCUGCACAAAGUGGAGUUUGUGCUGCCAGAAGACACAACAGAAUAUUUCGUCCGUACCAAAGCUGGCGGCGUUUGCUUUAAGCCAGGCACCAAGGUGUUGGAGAAGCCCGCCGUGGGAGGGCGGCCGGAGGAGCGAGCGGAUGGCGGGGCCUCGGGGCGGCCGGCUCGCAAGCCGCUGAGUGCCAGCGGGACCAAGCGGCGCAAGUGGGUUGAGUGCGUGUGCUUGCCGGGCUGGCAUGGCCCCAGCUGCGGGGUCCCCACCGUCGUCCAGUACUCCAACCUGCCCACCAAGGACCGCCUUGUGCCGCGCGAGAUCCCUCGCCGGGUCAUCAACGCCAUCAAUGUCAACCAUGAGUUUGACCUGCUGGACGUCCGCUUCCACGAGCUGGGAGACGUGGUGGAUGCCUUCGUGGUGUGCGAGUCCAACUUCACGGCCUACGGAGAGCCGCGGCCCCUCAAGUUCCGUGAGAUGCUCCUCAACGGCUCCUUCGACUACAUCCGCCACAAGUUGCUCUAUGUCUUCCUGGACCACUUUCCCCCCGGCGGCCGCCAGGACGGCUGGAUUGCUGACGACUACCUGCGCACCUUUCUCACCCGGGACGGCAUCUCUCGCCUCCGCAACCUGCGCCCGGACGAUGUCUUCAUCAUCGAUGAUGCCGAUGAGAUCCCGGCCCGCGACGGCGUGCUCUUCCUCAAGCUCUACGACGGCUGGACGGAGCCCUUCGCCUUCCACAUGCGCAAGUCGCUCUACGGCUUCUUCUGGAAGCAGCCGGGCACCUUGGAGGUGGUCUCGGGCUGCACCAUGGGCAUGCUCCAGGCCGUCUACGCUAACGACGGGAUCCGUCUGCGGCGCCGCGAGUACUACACCAUGCCUGGCUUUCGGCAGUACGAGAACAGCACGGGACACAUCCUGGUGCAGUGGUCGCUGGGCAGCCCCCUCCACUUUGCUGGCUGGCACUGCUCCUGGUGUUUCACCCCUGAGGGGAUCUACUUCAAACUCGUGUCGGCCCAGAAUGGGGAUUUCCCACGUUGGGGUGACUACGAGGAUAAACGAGACCUCAAUUAUAUCCGGGAACUGAUCCGGACUGGUGGCUGGUUCGAUGGUACUACGCAAGAGUAUCCCCCCGCUGACCCCAAGGAGCAGAUGUACGCUCCCAAGUACCUGCUCAAGAACUACCAGCGGUUCCGCUACUUGUUGGAGAACCCCUACCGAAAGUCAGAGGGUGCUGGGUGAGGCCACUGAGGGCUGGUGUGGGAAUUCAGAACUUCACAACAAAGGGAAAGAGUUGAGUGA